AUGAAGGGGCGCCGCAGCGCCUCGACCGCGGCAGGCCACCACUCGCUGAUGGGAGCGCGUGAGCGCCAGGCGAGCUGCGCCUGUGCCGUGAGCAAGCCUGCCCCGUCAAGUAGCAAAGGCACGUACAGUGCAGAGUUGGUGCCUUCGCGCAGGGCUAGGGUUGGGGGAGCACUAGUGGUGUAUUGGAACAGCGCCGGCGCUGGUGCGAGCUGGAAGGGUGUGGCGUCCAAACUGCGUCCAAGCUGGGAUGAAGAGGCAGAACGCCUGAAAGCGAGUCUACCGGUCUUAGUGUUGCCGGUGAUACCGGCCUGGCCACUUACUGUCAGGAUGGCAAAGUCAAUUGGCGAGAAUUUGCAUAUCGGAUAG